GUUUAUGAAUGCCACGCAAACUAAACUCUAUUUUGUCAGUUUCAAACUUUCAAUGCUUCAUCCGUUAACUUGAAUUUUUAAUCAAUUCACAGCUGGGAUAAAUCUCUUGUUUGUUUAUGGGUACAGUCCAUAAGUGAUUUCUUGUUCUCCACUUCUUGGUUUCUCACGAACUUUCAAUUGCAGAUUGCUUUGAUUUUAACAAUUAUUGAUAACCCAUGACACAAGAGCUCAAUGAUCGAUAACCACCGAUAAUGGGAUUUCUCGUAAGUUUAUCGGAAACCAUAGGUUUUUGGAUCGGAAUUCCGAUAGGUAUUCUUCUGGGAUUCUUCAUAUUCAUAUACUAUGAACCAAGAGAUGUUAAGGACUUUGGCCCCAAUAAGUCACUUGAAGAUUAUGAUUCUAGCACCUUGAUUGAUCUUCUCCCAAAACUUCCACUAUGGGUGAUGAAUCCAGAUUAUGAGCGAGUCGAUUGGUUAAACAAGUUUAUCAAUGACAUGUGGCCAUACUUUGAUAAGGUAGCAUGUGGAAUUAUCAUAAGCACCGCAGAACCUAUUUUUUCUGAGUACAUAGACAAGUUUCAGAUAAAAUCCAUAAAUUUCGAGCAUCUUACUCUUGGAAAUCUUCCUCCCAAAAUUCAUGGUCUUAAGGUUCAAGAGUCUAAUGAGAAUCAACUGGUUUUUGAUCUUGCACUAAGAUGGGCUGGAAAUGCUGUCAUUGUUCUGGCGAUAAAACUAUUUUCUCUAGAAAUCAAUGUUCAGUUAAUAGAUAUACAAAUAUCUGCUGCUACUCGGGUAAUAUUGAGACCUUUUGUGCCAACAUUCCCAUGUUUUGCAAACAUUGCAGUAUCUUUGAUGGAGAAGCCACAGAUAGACUUUGGGCUGAAAGUAAUGCGAGGGGAUAUUAUGGCAAUCCCAGGGCUAUACCAAUGUGUUCAGGAAGUUAUAAGCAAGCAAGUUGCAGGGCUUUAUCUCUGGCCCCACACAUACGAAAUACCCAUUCUUGACAGUUCAAUAGGAGCCGACAAGAAGCCCGUGGGAAUUCUGCACGUGAAGGUUGUGAGAGCACAAAAUCUUCUAAACACAGAUUUUCUCUCAAUGUCUGAUCCCUACGUCAAACUCAGCCUUAGUGGGGAAAGGCUUCCGGCAAAGAAGACUUCCGUCAAGAUGAAUAAUUUGAAUCCCGAGUGGUUAGAAGACUUCAAGAUGAUUGUGAAGGACCCCCAGUCUCAAGUCCUCCAAAUGCACCUUUAUGACUGGGAAAAGUUUGGAGCACAUGAUUAUUUAGGGAUGCAAGUUAUUCCGCUGAAUGUACUCAUUCCAUACGAGAAGAAAGACUUCACACUCAGUUUGCUAAAUAGUAUGGAUCCUGAUGAUCCUCAUAACAAGAAGCCUCGAGGUCAAAUUACAGUGGCGACGGCGUUCAUUCCUUUCUUGGAAGAUAGUAAAAAAUUUAGUGGAAUUAUGGAUUAUGAGCAGAAUGGAAGUUCUCAUGAUGCUUCGGAGAAGAUUUCUUUGACGGGAACAGGUUUACUUAUAGUUACAAUCAUAGGCGCCGAGGAUGUCGAAGGCAAGAACCACAACAACCCUCAUGCCGUGAUCCUUUUUAGAGGAGAUAAGAGAAAAACCAAGUCAAUCAAGAAAACUAGAAACCCAAUUUGGAAUGAGGAAUUUCAGUUUGUGUUAGAAGAGGCUCCGGUAAAGGACCAAAUUCACAUUGAAGUCAUUAGCAAGAGAAGAAGCCGCCUUGGCUUUAUGUCAAAGGAACCACUGGGGCACGUGGAUAUAAAUCUCUCUGAUGUAGUUUACAACGGACAUAUCAACGAGAGGUGCUAUCUUAUCAAUUCUAGAGAUGGGGUAAUACAUGUAGACAUAGGAUGGAAGGUAAUCUGAUACUGUUGCAUUGUAAAUUACUUGUUUGAGCUUAGCUUCCAUACAAAGAAUUUUGUAAUAUUUGGUCUCAAAAAAUGCAUCAUCAUACCCACACAAAAUCAUACACAAGAAAAUAUGUACAUGAAGAAAAAAUAAUAAAAAUGUAUUACUAUUAAAGAUUUUGACUUGUAUUUCUUUGUAAACUAUAAUAUAAAGUUCUU